CUUUUACGGCAAAGUUUAGUUGACGAGCUGGAACCGUGAUUCUCCAGAAAUGGAGACUUUCACUUACUUCGCGUGUGGUCUCAUUCUCUUUCCGCUGUUCAUUGGUGGCUUUCCAUCUUUCUGAAAAACCAACCCUAACCGGCCCUUCUCCUUUUGGAUCUGCGACUUCAACACUUUCUUCCUCGUUCUUACGUGCUCGAACACCUAUUCUUGUCCAAAUAUGGCAAAAAUGUCGCUCUUCCUUCUCUGCAACUGCGAUUGUUGAACGAAUUCCCUCUUUUAGUAUUUUCCAAUUCUGGCUCGAAUCAUUCGAUUGUUCACUGGUUAAUUCAGUGUUUUCCUCUCAGAAACAAGGCUAUUUAGAGUUUUGAGUAGAUUAGAAUGGCGAAGGAGAAAAUCCAGAUCAGGAAGAUCGAUAACGCGACGGCGAGGCAGGUCACCUUCUCUAAGCGCCGGAGGGGACUUUUUAAGAAAGCCAAAGAGCUAUCCGUUUUAUGCGACGCUGAUGUUGCCCUCAUUAUCUUCUCCACCACCGGGAAGCUGUUUGAGUACUCCAGCUCAAGUAUGAAGGGAAUUAUAGAAAGACAUAACUUGCACUCUAAGAACCUCCAGAAAUUGGAACAACCAUCCCUUGAACUACAGCUCGUUGAAAACAGCAAUUACACUCGAUUAAACAAGGAAAUUGCAGAGAAAACUCAUCAGCUAAGGCAAAUGAGGGGCGAAGAGCUGCAAACGUUGAAUAUUGAUGAACUGCAGCAGCUAGAGAAGUCACUGGAGUUUGGAUUGAGCCGUGUAAUGGAGAAAAAGGGCGAAAAGAUCAUGAAGGAGAUCACUGAUCUUCAAAGAAAGUCGGCCGAGCUGGUGGAAGAGAAUAAGCGACUGAAAAAACAAGCGGAGAAAAUGGAUGGUGUGAGGAACUUCGGCGUAGAGCCCGAGAUUUUGGUAGUGGAAGAUGGCCAGUCCUCGAACUCAGUCACUGAAGCUUGUGUCACCAACUCCAAUGGCCCGGCUCAAGAUCUGGAAAGCUCAGACACAUCUCUGAAGCUAGGGCUGGCAUAUUCCGGGUAAUGGUGAUAGAACAGGAAGAUGAACAGUCACUGUAGCUAGCAAAAGGCAGUUUAUAAACAUAAUUAUAUACCCUAAAUUUUGGGUUAGUUGAGUAAUAUAACCCAUCUAAAUCUUAAUCAACCAAUUCAUGAGGUUGCAUUUUCCAGAAUUCAAUGUGCACCGUUUAGCGAAUCAAGUUAGUGAGCAACUGAGCUUGAUGAAGCCUUGGUGUGUAGGUGAACCACUUGUAAUUUUCUGGGGGUAAGGAUUUAAUGGAUGCUUGUAACGAUUGAGUGUUGCUGGUGACAUGUUGCCCUUGUUUUGUAAAGCAGACUCGUAAUUUUAGUUUGAAUCAAUGAUAGUUGUUUGUACUCUUGAACAG